CUGGAGAAUUGAUAAUGCGCGCCCCCAUCGUUUGAACUUUGUCAUCCGCCGAGAAGCUGACUAUAGCGCUAGGAAUCGAUGAGUCACAGCGUUGCCGACCGAAGCAUAAAUAUCCUGGUUCUACUUCUGGACUGCCACAUUACAAUCUUGCUACGAGCGAUGUUAAGUUCACCGUAUUCCAGUUUCAUGUCGUCAACACGCUACGAUGACAAGGGGAGACAGCUCCACUUUAUUGAAACGGAUACUCAGCGUCGGGAACGCCUCGAGUUUUCGAGGAUGUUCAGAUCAGAAUGUUCAGAACAAGACUCUUCCCCUCCGCACGAAUAUGUUAUGAGUACAUUGUCCCCAAAGUAUCAUCACAUCAGGCUUCAUCGUUCGAGCUCAGAUUAUAUGAACUUUGGGACUGACAUGGGCGGAGAAUCGGAGACGUACCUCAUGUACUCGUCUCACAGCACACCUUCAAGCCCUCCACCCGUUUCGUUUGCGCCGCUUCCACCGUCUUCUCGUGGACAUAGGCGGCAUCGCUCCUCUUUAUCAUCGAUCCCGGAGGAAAGCUAGAUCAGAGAGCGCCCAAACGCCUUCUAGGACGCAAGCAUGCAUCAUCUAUGUAUCACACCACUCAUAUGCAUCACAUCUUACCCCAAAGGACGGUCGAGCAGGUUUAAUUUUAACAUGUAUACUUAACACACCCCACAUCAUCAAUCGAUCUUCAGAUAAAUACA